GGCCAAAAACUGCGAUGUCUUCGCGAAUGCGCUGACCAGCAAUGCUGCGAUCGAUGUUUCCGUGCAGAUACUGAAUGUCGCAUGAGCUCUGUCUUUUGCGCAGGUAGCUACAUGGGUGACAUUGCUUGGACUUCUACGAAUAGCAUAGCGAAAAAGGCGAGAGUGCGAAAGUCGGUGCGAAAGCGACGAUAUAAUGGUGCUCCGCGGCUUCAGGGGCAGUUACAGGUUCAUACCCAGCAAGCGGUGCUGAGUACAGCUAUUGUGACGGGAACAGAAACAGCGAGCCCUUCAAGAUCUCUUGAACAAACAACAUUGAUGAGUAUAUUCGGAACGUCUCUAUCAUCAAUAACUAUGCCAGGAUAUCCUACAGAUUUCUCAGACGCAAUAAGUAACAUGUAUUGGGAAGCUGAGGAUUCUUUAUUUUCCGGCCUCUUGCUUCCAGAUGAGACGGAUGAGACUUUUGGUUUAUCUGAAAACUCGGAUACGGCUAGCUCGACUGAGAGUUAUCCAUCACUAGCACCGACAUGCACAGGAGAUCUUCCCUCUCAGCCUAGACCAUCAUUGAUACCUUCAUCCCAAAUGGAAUCUUCGGCUUCGACAUCUCGUCCACAGAAUAUCGACUGCAGCAGUAGCAAUACGCUAUCUACGAUAUCCGAAAACAAUAUUCUCUACGAAAGUCCCGCGGGUCAGGUUGCAGGUAGCAUAUCUAUUGACAAGAUUGAAGAGGAAGUCAUUGUCCAGCGCGUUAGCCAGGAUUAACUCAGAUCUUGUUUCGCUGCUUUCUAGAAUUGCUUAAGACAUCCCAAAGGCACUCAGAGAUGCUACUUGAGCCGAUGGAUGAAGCGAAGGAAGUCCUCGAAAACGAUAUUAGACGAUAUCCAAACAGCACAAAAGAUUUCUCGCAAAGUCUUAGCUUGUUGACUAACUCGUCUGGUUGACCAUCAGCCAUGCCCCCUCAAUUGUCUAGCGAUACUUUUCUGAGUUGAAAUCCUACAUCUAACGCCAUGGGAUUUGGUCUCCAAAAAAGUCAGUUAUAAGAUUUUGCAUGGAACUAUUCGAUCCGGAAAUAAUAACAACAGCA